AUGGCGUUAACGGUUGGCUCCUUGGUGGCUGUAACGUCCAACCACAACCUAUGCAUUAUCUGCCAGAAGAGAAAGUGUUCAAAGGACAAAUUAUCAGAUCUAACGGAUAACGGCAAAGAGACUCUUCUGAAGUACGCAGGCUUGAGGAAAGAACUCCAUGAUGCUGAUUUUGCUGCCACUAUUGUUAGGAUCGAACAAACGCUGACAAAUAGUGACGAGAAAUUCAAGUACCAUCGCGGAUGCUACUCAAACUUUGCCAAUUCUGGAAGAUUGGAAAGGUUGAAGAACAAAUCAGCGCCUUCACAAGAGGCGGAAUGUGCUGCUACAGAACCGUCGUCAUCUCGAUACGUCACCAGGGCUCGGACUGACUGUGUCAACAUCAGCAGGUGUGUUUUCUGCCAAACCGAUAAAAGCGAAGCACUGAGGCAGGUGAUGUCGAAGCCAAUGAAUGAUACUAUAAGAAUGCUGGCUAAUUAUGACCAUCAACUUUUCGUUCGCAUCAAUUGUAUGCCGUGCUUGAUAGCAUCUGAAGUAAAAUACCACAGUCUGUGUAUAGUAAAGGCCGAGAGGAUCCAGAAGAAAAUACAAAUGCAGAUGAAGGAGUCUGGCAAAAGUAAUUUACCUAUGAUCCAAAUUUGCAAAGAGCUCAAAGUCUCAGCCUCACUGGGUCACGUUUUGCAACUUUCAGAUGUUUGGGAAAGAUACGUUCACUUGGCAAGAACAAUCGACGUUGAGAUACCGAAGUCAUUCGAAUCGCGCUUGUCAACUUUUAAAGAUAAAUUGCAAAACAACAUCAAGGACUCGUUCUUCUUCUUCCAGCCCUUGAACAAGGACAUCACUGGAAGGCAGAGUCUUCUGAUACCCCGAAAGUUUUCGGCCAGGGUGACUGCGGAUGUUACUUUAGGAGAAAUCGAUCAAGAUGUCUCGAUUCCAAGACAAGUGCUCAAUGAUGAUUUUUCAAUUCUUGUCCAUGCUGCGCUUCUUCUUAGAGGAGAGUUGCAAGAUUCGCCGGGUCACUCAGGGCUUCAUGUUUCCCAAGAAGAGGCUGCCGCAGUCAUACCAAAAAAUCUCAAUUUGUUCCUGAGCGUACUGGUAGGUGGAGAAGAAGUUCUCGACAUUGUUGCCGAAGACCAAGACUCAAGUAAUGAAGAAGAAGACGACGAGAUCUCAGAAACUGUGCAAUUACGGCCUUCACCCAAAAACUUCGAGCUCUCUAUAGGCCAAGAUAUAGUCUAUGCUGUGAGUGGCGGUAAGAAGUUGACACCAAAACAUAUCGGGUUAGCUUUAUCUGUACAUCAGCAGACACGGUCUCGUAAACUUGUAACUCUGCUCCACUCGGCAGGGCAUUGUAUGAGCUAUAAACAGGUUCUCCAGGCGGAUAAAGCUCUCGCGAAUGUUACUUUGGAGUCUCUUGACAACGCUACCGGUGCCGUCAUCCCACCAAAUUUCAAGGUGUCAGAAAUUGACGGCAGGAAUGGACCAGCUUUGCAUAUAACGGCGGACAACAUUGACAUUUUGACAGACACCCUUGAUGGUAAGAGGACGUUCCACGCAACCCAGAUGGUCGCUUUUCAACGAAGUGGUCAAAGAACGGAUGAAGUGUUGCGCACUGUGAAGCUUGACCCAAAAUCAACAUUAAAGGUCCCCGACGUGCUGAAUCAGUUGUUGCCACCAAACAUUCCUAAGGUACGACCGGAGCCAUAUUUUUCAAAACCAGUAGAAGCCGAUUGGUUUCGCGCCAGUGAGCCAGGAGAUAUGAAAAACUUGCCGCUGUGUGUCCGAGAGGCUCGAAUACAAGAUUUGGCUUUCGGAAUUUCUCGUGUAAACGACACGAUCAAGCUGGGAUGGACGGAAUUCAAUAAAAAGUCAUCCAGCUCUACUUACGAAGUUUCGGAAAUUGGGUAUAUGCCCUUGAUCCUGAACCCUGCUCACGAGAUGACAACACUAAACACCGUCGUUCGAAGAUGCAUCACAGCUGCUGACAAACUUGGAAAGCGUCAUGUAAUACUGACAACAGAUCAGGCCUUGUAUUGUAAACUGUUGGAACUGAAAUGGUGUUCGGAAGAGGUGCGGAGCCGGGUUAUUCUAAGGAUGGGCGGUCUUCACAUAGCUAUGAACUUCCUCAAGGUUAUCGGAAAGCACAUAACAGGAAGCGGCCUCGUCGAAAUGUGGCUAGAAAGCGGACUAAUGGGUGAAGGCAGUAUAUCCAGAAUAAUCGACGGCAAGGCCUAUGGAAAAGGGAUGAGGGCUCACAAGAUUACGCUUCAAGCUAUAUGGCAGAUUUUAGCUCCACAGAUCGUGUCUUUCUUUGAAGAGCAUGGCGUCGAUUCUGCAGAGUUCAUGCGCAUAUCAAAGGAACCCCUGCAGUUGAAAUAUUUUCUUCAAAGUGAAAAUAACUUGCAAUUAUUGUCUGAGUUUUUAGAGGAGAAGUCCAAAGAAAGCCCAAAUUUUGAAUUUUGGUGGUCCUACAUGGACAUGAUCCUGACAUUACUAAUGUUCACGAGGGGGAUCCGAGAUGGAAAGUGGAUGACAUACCGAGCAGCUUUAACAGAAAUGCUUCCAUUCAUCGCCCGAUAUGACCACGGAAAUUAUUUCAGAUCUCUGACAGCGUACAUCUGUGACAUGAAUCAGUUGCCGGCCGAAGUUGAAGAAGAGUUCUUGAAUGGAGACUUCGCAGUGCUACGUUCCCCGCAGAAAUUUUCACAAGUUGAUCCAGACCAUGCACAAGAAUGGGUUGUCGGCAUCAGCAAGGGUGCCGGUGGAUUAGUCGGGAUAACUCAAGAUGCAUCCACGGUUCAGCGCUGGGCUUUAUCGUUCCACUGGAGAGGAGAAAUCACUCAGAAAACCUACGCUAUGUAUGGACAAGGCCUAUCGAAAACCGGUUGGGAGGAGAAACUAGGUCGAAGAAAAAGAGAUAACUCUGAUGAAAAUGCACUCCUCAAAGUUAUGCAGUCAUUCCAUUUGAUGGACCCUACGGCUCCUAGCUCAAGUGUCUGCAACGUCGCCACUAAAGACCGGGCAACCAAAGAAAUUCAGACAUCGCUCCUUGAAGCGAAGAAGCGCGGAUCAGAUCUGGUUAUCAACUUUGUAAAUCAGCGUCUUAUUGUUCAAGAGUCGUCUGAAAAACCUGUCGAAAGUUUUUAUGCUAAAAUACCAAAAAACUCUGCUUUAACUCUCUCAGACCUCUUCAAAGUUAAGGACACUAAAGAUCGGAAAAAGGUUGUAGAGGCUGACAGGGAUGUUUUACGUCGUCUAAUUGUAGCUUUCGAAGCAGGCAGACAAAUUGACUUGCCCUCCAUUUUGAAGCACGAGCUUCUUCCAGUACCCUUAUCGAUAGCGGAAAUGGAUGGCACCCUCAGAUCGUCUGAAAAAGCAUCGAUGAUAAAACUCGUUGCUGAAGGCGUGGAAUGCCCAAACUCCAUUAACAUUGAUCGGAACACUUCGCAACUGAUUAUAGACGGUCAAGCUUUAGUAAACAGCAUAGGGAAACCAGCAACUGCCACUACUUUCGGAGACCUCGCAGCAAUAUUCAUUGACAGGGUGGUUCACCUUGGAAGACCGUAUGCCAGAGUCGACAUCCUUUUUGACCGGUAUCGUCCCAAGUCGAUCAAAAGUGGGACCCGCUGCAGACGGACCAGGGGAGCUGCUCCAGUCAGAAGGGACAUCACAAGUACAGCCAUUCCACUGCCAAAAAAUUGGAAGAAUUUCCUAGCACUGGGGGAAAACAAGGCCGACCUAGCCCGCUUCCUCUCUCAGGAAGUUCUCCAACAUGUCUUUAAUGACAUCGAAGUUGUUGUUUCCGGAGGACUCAUACAUGAAGAGGAUGUGCGAUCAACCAACCCCGAAUCCGACGUCAGUUCCCUAGCAGCGACACAUGAAGAGGCAGAUACACGCGUUGUACUACAUGCUGUCCACUCUGAUGCUGACAACAUCGUCAUCAUGGCCAGGGAUACCGACAUUUGUUUGCUGUUGAUCCAUCACUUUGACAAAAUGACCAGUUCUAAAGUGUGGAUGAUGAGUGGCACAGCGAAAGAAAGAAAGUAUCUCCCAAUACAUGAGAUUUGCAACAUUCUCCCUAAUGUUCAAAAGAAGAACAUCUUGGCGUUUCACGCAGUUACGGGUUGCGACUCGACGUCUCACCUUGCAACGAUAACGAAGAAAGCAGCGUGGAAAAACUUCAAUGGAACGGCCUGCCAACUUUUAGACAACCUAGGGCACUCUCCGCUAACUCCCUCAUCGAAGGCGAAUGCAGAGAAGUUUCUCGUUCAGCUCUAUAAGGUGAAUAAAGAUGUAUCUAGCGGGGAUGAAGCCAGAUAUCAACUUUUUGGUGUUGUGAAAAAGCCAGAAGCCUUACCUCCAACAAGCGAUGCGCUGCGGCUACACCUCCUAAGAUGCCAUUACCAGGUGAACGUGUGGGAAAAUGCUCAUCAUGCCCGACCGGAGGUGAUGGAUCCUGAGUCAUAUGGGUGGAGGCUUCACCAAGACGAGUACAUUCCCAUCCUUAUGACACUUGAGCCCGUUCCCAAAGCUUGCACGGAUAUUUUAACCUGUAAUUGUUUGUCCCACUGCCUGACAACAAUGUGCACGUGCAAGAAGAAUGGACUGACUUGCACCAAGUUGUGCCACCGCUCUCACCAAUGUCUUAACUCUUCAAAUGGUUGA